AUGUCACCCUCACUCCCAGCAAUCUACGAACUCUCCGUCACUCAACGCAAAGACAUCCGCGACGCUUUUAAAUCGGCAUGUCUCGCUCUCCCCUCCGACUGCAGCGACGACUUCAACGACAAGCCUACCGUCAUCGCCGACAUGAAGAGAAGGCUGCAAUCUGAGGCGAUGUUCGAUCGAGCGAUCACGGACGAAGAGGCGCUGAUUUGUUACCAGUACUCGCUUGACCAUCAACGAGCUACUCUCGAGAAGCAGCGACAAAAGACUACAACCCUCGAAUUAGAUACGGCCGGUCGGAAAAAAGCGAUGGCCAGCCUUAAGCGCUCACUCAAAACGCUCAACGCUGCUUUUAACACAUUCGAUUCUUCCGAACACAGCACUGACGCAAUCCUUGCCGUAAAGGCCGUUAUCGAUGAUGCUCGAUUCAAGAUCGCCGUCCGUCGUUUGUCUAAGCGUAUCUAA